GAGAGAGAGAGAGAGAGAGAGAGAGAGAGAGAGAGAGAGAGAGAGCCUUCAAAGUUCAAACCAGCCUUCUCUUGCAGUCCGUUACAACUAGUGGCACGAGUAGGUGUGUGCGCUCGUCGGUCCGGGAGCCUUUUGCUAAGUUUCUCAGGUGUUUGUGGUGGGUGGUCCGCAGGAUGUCGACUAACGGGCCACAACAGUUGACAGGCUUGGUGACAGGAGUGAUCCCUCCCCUCACCUAUGCUGCCCACAAAGGUCAGGCAGGUCGCAUCGGGAUCAUGGGCGGCUCCCUGGAAUACACGGGCGCCCCCUACUUCGCUGCCAUGACUGCUUUACGUAUCGGCGCCGACCUGACCCACGUGUUCUGUCACCGAGACGCUGCCGUCCCCCUCAAAUCGUAUUCGCCCGAACUCAUCGUUCAUCCCUUACUCGAUGCCAACGAUCCUAUGUCAGAGAUCGAGGAAUGGCUACCUCGGCUCCAUGCGCUCAUACUGGGACCUGGCCUUGGCAGGCGGCCACAGACAUUCGCCACUUUAGGACACGUGAUUGAAGCUGCUAAGGACCGGCAACUAUUGCUCAUCAUUGAUGCUGAUGCCCUCUUCUACCUGAAUGAAAACUAUGAUACUUUACAAGGCUAUACCAAUGCCAUCUUAACCCCAAACAAAGUCGAGUUUGCCAGACUCUACCGUGCAGUCAUGAAGACCGACAUGAAAGCUGAUCAAGUCACGUCGGAAAAUGUGCAGCAAGUGGCAAAGAAGCUUGGUGUUACAAUUUGCUGCAAAGGAAAUGCAGACAUCAUUGCUUCCGGAGAUACUGUCGUUACCUGCGAAGUACCUGGGUCCCCAAGACGCUGCGGAGGACAGGGAGAUAUUCUCAGUGGCGCUGCAGCCAUCUUACUCUAUUGGGCAUUUGGGACAGCUGCUGCUUCCCAAGAAAAACUCCCAUUCCCACCAACAGUCAUUGCUGCAUGGGGAGCGUGUGCUGUGACCAGAAGAGCCUCCGGUCUGGCUUUCACUCAGCGUGGCCGUAGUGUUAUUACCUCCGAUAUUAUUCAUUUUAUCAGUCAGGCCUUCAGCUCCCUCUUCCAGGGCAAAAGCAAGUGAACCUCUUGUUGAUUCUUAUUCCUCCGUCCACAUCCUUACCUUAGUCUGCAACAGAAAUCCAUUCAUUCAGUUGCAUGUAGUCCCUUACUAGACAACCCACUGCUGUAUGGCUUAAAUUUGAUAUGAUCUUGUAGUUUUAUCCCCUGCUUCUACUAGUUUUCAUCCAUUGCCUCUUGUCUUGUAUUUUUUUUUUACACUAUUUCCCUUUAAAACGUAAACCCCUCCUCAUUGUUUAUAUCUGUUGUGCAGGUACUACAAAAGCUCACAUGUAACCUACACAGUAUCUUUUAAGCUCAAGUUAUCUCACUCUCUGGUUAGUGAUCUUUCUGGCUGCUUCCAGCCUUUCUUGCUAUGUAUUCCCUUUAUUUUGUCACACUUGAAAACUUCUUGGUGAUCCUCUGUACAGGGGCAAAUUGCAACUUAAAAAAGGUUUCAUUUCUGAAUAUUAUAGGAAAAUUAUUGGUAUUGAAGAAGUUAUGAUUUUCAAAACUUUUUGCCAAGACCUUUAGUUAUUAGUGCUUAUUCAAAGCAUUACAGGUAUUACAAAAGUAUGUAAUCUAGUAGUCAGUGUUCCUUGGGCAAGCCUCAAAUUUGGCGAUUGUUGCUUAAAGUUGUUUCAAUCUUAUAUCGGUCAACAGCUCAUUGCACUGACAUUUAACAAAAAAGAAAUUAUAACAGACUUCUCCAGUCUUUCAGGUGUUGUGAUAAAAUGAAGGCAAUUAGAAUCAAAUUUAGACAUGGUAAGUAAUUAGGUAAGGUAGACUUUGUAGGCAUUGCAGUAGACAAAACCCCAAAUCCUUAAGAGAGGAUUGUUCGAAACCCUUUAUGUUCUGAGGAAAAAAUUAUCUUGUUCAUAUUCAUUCCUAUAACCCUCAACUUGAUAGAUUUAUGUUCGCCUCUCUGUAUUUUUGGGACUUUGGGGCCAUUGCUCCAUUAGCAUACUAUGAAUGAGAUAUUUUGGGUCAUUAAUAUGGAUCUAAUCUUUCGGAAGUUGGGAAUGAAUGUUUAUUCAUGUUGCACGUCAGGUUUGUGGAUGAUCUCUGCACCUUAUCAUUUUUUAAAGCUUUUACCAAAACUUUUAUCUCCAUUCCCUAUAGUGUUAACGUGCCAAGUAUCACUUGUGAGCCGAUAGGAAGUCAGAAAUGGGUUUCUCUAGAGCUCACUCUGUUCGAUGUCUCUUGAAGUCAUUGUCAAGUCAGUUGGCUGUUUCGUGAACAAAAUGUGUGUAACUGCCAUUACGAAGUAAACAGAAUUGGUAUAAUUGUAGAAGUUCUGUAUACUCUAAAUAUUCUAUUUUUCUGUACUUCAUCACUUUCACCUGUGCCUUGCUUCAAAAACUUACAUAUGCUGCAUUUUAUAAUGUCACUGGGCAAUUUUUCAGAUUUGGGCAUCAUUUGUGGACUGUGAAAUUAGUGUGGAUUUUGAAGCAUAUAGUAAUUUAGUACAGAUCUUUGUUUUACCAUUUUGUUCAGGGACAUCUGCAAGAAAUUUGUAAAAGUGGUUUUAGAUUUUGUAAAUAAGAAAUAGAUAACCUAUUUGCUUCUUUUCAUCGAUGUACUGUAUUGUUUUGUAUGUGAGGGUACUUAAAUUUUAGAAGUUAUUUGCGAAGGAACACUUGGUGGUAAGAAUCCAUGGUUUCGCUCAAUAUUUACUUCAAAUAUACAAAAAACUGAAGGAAAAAAAGGGUGUCUUUUUUCACAUGAAAUUAUCAUUAGACCUCACUCAUUUCUCUGUGGUUCUGGUCAGAUUUUUAUGGUAGUUUCAAUACAAAUGACAAAUAAAUGUUUGGUUUAU